UGUAAUAAAGCCUUAAUAAAUUACGUAUUGGAAGUAGCGUUACGGGUUCCCAGAGCGAUCAUUGUUCAUUUGUCUUUUGUUUUUCAUUUGAAAUUGGUUUUGUAAUUAAUGAAUUCACUUUUGUAGAAGAUAACAUUGAAAUGGCUGCAGUGCCGAAUUCGAUUCGGCAGAAUAAACUCGUGAUGUUUGGACAUUAUUUCCCUCUAACGAACAACAUAUUUCCUAGGAGCUCCCAUAAUUUAUCUGCUGGACAUUCCGAACCGGGCCAAGAUGUUGUUUUGGACGGAAGCUUUGGUCCUCACCAGCUGCUCGAUGAAAUGCUUAAACGGGAUGUAGAAUCAGCAACGUCUUUGAUAGGCCACUUUGCGAAACAAAACCAACACAGACAAGCAAUUCUUUGCUUCUUAAGAAUGUUGUUUCUGGACAUUACACCUAAUGAGUACACAUUUGGCACGGUGAUUCAUUCUUCUGUUGUGCUAGAAGACCUCCACCUGGGGAGACAAAUUCAUUCUUAUGCCAAGAAAAUCAGUCUUAGCUCCAAUGUCUUUGUGGGCAGCUCAGUGUUGGAUCUUUAUGUCAAGCUGAGCAAUAUUAAUGAUGCUCUAAGGGCUUUUCAGGAUAUCCAUGAACCAAAUGUGGUUUCUUACACGACGUUGAUUCGCGGGUAUAUUAAACAAGGAAGGUUUGAUGAAGCUGGGGGUGUUUUCCGGUCAAUGCCGGAGAGGAAUGUGGUUUCUUGGAAUACUAUGAUCAGCGGCUGCAGUCAAUCAGGGAAAAAUGAGGAAGCUGUGAAUUAUUUUGUUGAGAUGUUAAGAGACAGUGUCGUCCCAAGUCAGUCUACCUAUCCUUGUGCCGUUAUUGCAGCAGCCAAUGUCGGGGCAUUAGGCAUCGGGAGAAGUAUGCAUGCUAGUGCAAUCAAGUUCUUGGGUGAGCUUAGCUUGUUUCUUGCGAAUUCUUUGAUAAGUUUCUAUGCAAAAUGUGGAAGCAUGGAAGACAGUCUUUUGACCUUCAAUAAAAUGCGUGAAAGAAAUAUAGUGUCCUGGAAUGCCGUCAUCUGCGGCCAUGCUCAGAACGGACUAGGAAAAGAUGCAAUCGAAAUGUAUGAGAAGAUGAAGGUAAAAGGCAUUCAGCCGAAUAGCAUCACUCUUCUUGGUUUGCUAUUGGCUUGUAAUCAUGUUGGGCUUAUUGAUGAGGGUUAUAAGUACUUCAACCAGGCAAGAUAUGAGGACCCGAGUCUCCUAAAAUCAGAGCACUAUGCGUGCAUGAUUGAUUUACUAUCACGAUCUGGGAGAUUUCAAGAAGCUGAGAGAUUUCUCCACGACUUGCCCUUUGACCCGGGAGUAGGAUUUUGGAAAGCAUUGCUUGGAGGAUGUCAGGUUCAUUCAAACUUAGAAUUGGGGGAAGUUGCUGCCAGAAAAAUCCUGGAGUUGGAUCCUGGAGACGUGUCAUCUUAUGUAAUGCUUUCUAAUGCACAUUCUGCUGCCGGAAGAUGGCAAAAUGUAUUGGACAUAAGGCAGAAGAUGAGGGAGAAAGGAUUAAGCAGGACACCAGGCAGCAGUUGGAUAGAAAUCAAAAGCAAGGUUCAUGUGUUUGUUACAGGAGACAAGAGACAUAGCAGUAGGGAUGAUAUUUACAUGGCUUUAGGAUUUUUCCUUCAACAUGUAAUGGACAGCCAGGACACCAACACUGUAAUCGAAUUUUAACUCUAUCAUUCAAGUCUUAACACAUUUCUUCAGUUAAGACUUGGGACCUCGGUCUACCACAUUUCCUCAGUUUAAGAUUUUGGAGCUAAGGUCCGGAAAGGUUCCAGACACUAGAAAAAAGUUUACUACUCUAUCAUUCAA